AUGGCUGAUCCCGCCCCGGCAAUCGCGCAUCUUCGCACCAACCCAUGGGCAAACAACCUUAUCUCCUCGGCCGACUACAAACCAAUCCAAACCGACUCUCGACGCUUAAAGCCUACAACCGGGGAAGAUGGCUUCCUGGCACAGACUCUCAAUACACCGACCACAAUCCCUCACUGCCUAACCCUGCAACGGCGCAAUCUCACACCCGCACCCGCCGAAGUCCCGACCUGGCUCCCGGCAACAAAACAAGAUGCCGCAUCUGCCGCAAAGCCCACCCCGGGCGUAAAUCCAGCAGACAUAAUUAUGAUCUUGGAUCUCAGCAGCCCCGGUCUGUCCGGCCACCCAUACACCGUGCACGGCGGCAUUGUCGCGACGCUGAUUGACGAGGCCAUGUCUCUCGCUGUCGCGGCGCAUACCAAUGCGCCCACUGCGCUAAGCACGGAUGAGGAUAACCCGCGCGGGAAGAUCUUUACCGUGCAGCUCGACGUCAGAUAUAAGAAGCGCGUGACUAAUCCUGCUUUGCUAGUUGUCAAGGCGCGGGUUGUUGGUAGGGCGGGGAAAAAAUUCUGGGUGCGAGCGCAGGCAUUGCAAGAGGAUGAGGAGGGUGCUGGGGGACAUUUGGAGUGGGCUAAGAGGAAGGUUAUCAAGGCUGAUGCUAUGGCAUUCUGGCUUGUGACGUCCGACUCGAAGUUGUGA